ACGAUUCAUCACUCCUGAAGCCGGUGGGAGAACAUACAAUUCAAAGAGGGGGUACUUUUUGUUUCCUUUGUUGUUUUUUCGUUUAUUUUUAAUUUUAGAUGCUGACUAGCCAGAAUAAAAUUGCCGUGUCAGUAAUUGAGUGCUGGGUUAACUUGCUUAUAUCGUUGAAGGAGGAGGAAACAUGAAUUUUAGAGCUGGCAUCGUUUUGCUCUGUUUAAUGGGGCUCACCUGUGCCGAGCCAGUCAAGUACCUCGACUGUGGCUCGUCUACAGGCAAGGUGACUAUUGUGGACAUUACUCCUUGUCCCGCUCAGCCUUGCCAGCUUCACAAAGGACAGUCCUACAGUGUCAACGUGACUUUUAACAGCGCGGUGCAGAGCCAGACGAGCAAAGCCGUGGUCCACGGCGUCAUUGCCGGCGUUCCCGUCCCCUUUCCGAUUCCCGUCGCGGACGGUUGCAAGUGCGGAAUCAGCUGCCCUAUCCAGAAGCAGCAGAGCUAUCACUACGUCAACCAACUGCCCGUCAAGACGGACUAUCCUGCGAUCAAACUGGUGGUGGAAUGGGAACUAAGAGAUGAUGCUAAUCAAGAUCUGUUCUGCAUUAAGUUCCCUGUAGCGAUUGUUUGAUGCAGGUGAUGUGCACCGCUUUCUUUUAUUCAUGAGGGAUUCUUGACAACGAAAUGUAAAUGAUUCUACCUACAAAUCCUUGUUUUACUCGCUCAGAAAACUGAUUUUUAUAAUGCGCAUUUGCCACAAUUGAUUGUUUAAUGACACGUCACAAGCAAAACGUUGGUGUUAGCAACUCUAAUUCAGGCGCUACGUUGUCCUAAUGGCUGCUAUGUAGUCUGAAUUUACACAAAUAAACUUUGUAGCUGUUAAAACUUUUGUAAUUUCUUACCUCUUUGUGCUAUCUAGAAAUGACUAAAUGUAAUGAAAAUAAAGAAUGAAUUUGUUGCCCUUUCA